AUGUCCUCCCCAACGCCUUCCUUGAAGCCAAGUGCACUAGAUCGCACUCAAUCACUCCGGAAACCAAUGAGCACCGCGGGACUGAUGAAGGAUACCACCAUUACCGCCGCAGUUGGUACGUCUGCUGGCAACAAUAUCGCUAGGGGCGCAGGAGAAAGAGCGUCAAAACAACGGCCCGUCACGAUGACUCAAGGGCCAUCAACAAUAAAAGGAGCUUUAGCUGCGCCAGGAAUGGUUUCUCGGACUAUCGCCACCAGCAACAUUGGCACAGCGAUCAGCGGGAGCGGAAUCAAAAGGACGGCUAGUGUUACUGGUACUAGAAGCGGCACCACCAGCAGCAAUAUCAAACCACCAUCCUCUGGAGGGCUUAAUCGACUGGCUAGCGCUAGAUUGAAGCAAGAGGGGAGGAAAGUUGAAAAUGCAGGCGAAAGGACUGGCGCGGAAGUUGGAACUGGGAUCUCCAGUGGUUCUGGGAACCGGGUUGUAUCGGGAGCAGCAAUGGCACUGCAACCAUCAAGAACAUCAACAACUGCCACAAAAUCGACAAAAUUGUCAACAACUAGCCUCAGACAACCUCUCCGUAAUCGCGCUCCUACAAUUUCCGCGACUGAUGUGACCGCGAGAACUACCCCUCUAUCACCACCCACCACAACACCGCCAUCAUUAUCAGGAUCGUUUGGAAUGACUCGUCCAACUACUUCGUCGAGUGCAGGUUCAUUAGCCACCAUCACUAGCCCAAGAGUAACAGGUGCAUCUGGUUCUAGUUUCAAAAUAGAUACAGGCGUUGGUCAAAGGGGGAGAGGGCAUGCGCGUACUCAGUCAGCAACAAUAAGCUCGCCGAAGCCAACAACGCCGAAACCGGUACCAAGAAGCACAGCAGUAUCAGGAAUUUCUGGCACCGCGUUCUCAAAAACUGCCGUAGGUAAAGACAUCGGGGUUUCUGGAGUUGGCAGUGGGAGUGGUCCGCCCAAAAACGCUUCCAAAGGAGUUCCACCACCAAGCACUCCUGGUAAAAGUAGGCCACAGUCACUCAUAUCGGCCAACGCACUCAGACGGUCUCCUGCCACCGCUAAGCCAGAGAUAGCAACGACAGGAGGGACGCCCAAAGCAGUGACUGGAACCGGACUAAGGUCAUCACCAGCACACAAACGGCAAAACUCGGCAUCUUCAGUCUCUACUACCAGUACCGCGACCACCACGGGAACAAAGACAAGGACAGCGGCGAGUACAACAACGACCCAGACUCGGCGUCUUGCUGCUUCCAGGAGACCACUCUCCUUACAAGCCCCCGAAGCAGCAAUAGCAAAUACUGUAAAGCUGGCACCAAAAAUAUCAUCCUCAACUAGGCCCCUUUCUACAGCAACCACCACAAUCACCAAAUCCCCUCCCUUGCGCCAGCCAACCACGGCACCCUCAGCCGCCACGAUCAGGAACGUUCUCAAACUAAAGCCCAAACCCCAUAUACCCGAACCUCUUGCGUCUUCGAUAUCCUCCCACGCCGCCCAGCAGCAGCAGCAGCAGCAGCAGCAGCAGCAGAAGCCCCGUCAUAACUUUGACACGUACCAACAACACUACACUUCUGCCCAGAUCCCGCUCUUGCCCAAGCCACUGACAUCCACCUUCCUCGCUCCUCCCACGCCCUCCAAGCAGCCGGCAAACAUUGCUCUCUCCGCCGAGGUUUCUCGACUACAGACGGAACUGUUGCAGUCGCACUUGCUACAUCGGGAGGCGAAGCGGGUAAAGGAGGAGUGGGAGGAGGAUGCUAGGGGGAAGUUGCAGGGAAUGUGGGAGAGGGUGAGGGCGGAGGAGAGAACGGAGGGGGUUGUGGAGGGCUUGCUUGCUAUGGCUGGGUUUGGGGGAACAUUGGACGAGACAAAACUACAGGCGUUGGAUGAAGUCAUUUCGGGGGUGUGGGCUAUGAGCGACCUUUCUUCUCCGUCUUCUUCAUCGGGUGUUACCAUUGGGAAGUACACACGUGUGGUGCGCGAGUUUGAGGUGUGGGCUGGAAGGGCGGGGAGGAUAUUGGAGGAACGGAGAAGAAGCGCAGCGGAUAAUGAAGAUGGUCGGGAUGGAGUGUUGAUGCUGGAUGCGAAUGGCGAGGUGGAAAUGAUUGGGAAUAUGGAUCUCGAGUGGAAGAAUGAGUGCGUUGCGCUCGGGAGGCGGUUGGAGAAGUGGCGGAGGAUGUUGGGGGAGCUGGGCGGAGUGUCGUCGAAGGCCAACUAUGGGUCUUCUUUUCGGUCAUCGCGACCAAUAAAAGGGGUUGAAGCUAUUGAGAGGGAAGCCCACAAGGGAGAGGAAGGAGAAGAUGAUGAGUCGCCUCUGGCCAGGACGCUUAGCAGAUUCGGAAGUCUGAUGGACAACAUGCUCGCUGAGUUACAAAUUAUGGCGCAGAUUGAAAGGGAGGCCGUGGCGGAGGAGAUGGAGUGGGUGCGUAGACUAAAUAGGGUCGAUGAUGAGAAGGAGGGAGAGGAGAUCGUUGGGAAGCGAGCGACAGCUAUUUGGAGGGUUAUUUGA